AUGGAGUGCAUGCGCGAUCAGCUUCACGAUGGCGUUGUGCUCAAUGGACGAUACGAGACCAUCUCCCCACUCAACAGUGGCUCCUUCGGCAUGGUUUUCCAGGCCAAGGACCUUGUGACUGGUGACAACGUUGCUAUCAAGGUCAUCACCAAGAGCUCUGCCGCCGUCAACUGCCCUUCCGCUUUCGCAGUCGAUGAGCGCUCCGAGGAGCUUGGCAUCCACCUCCACCUUGGUGACCACUCCAAUGUUGUCAACCUGCUCCAGUCCUUCGAGACCCAGAACCACAUCUACCUAGUCCUCGAGUUCUGCUCCAAUGGCGACCUUUACGAGGCCAUCCGUGUUGGCAAGGGUCCCCUCGAGACUGAGCACGUGCGCGACUUCAUGAUGCAGCUUGUCGAUGCUGUUGAGUUUAUCCACUCCAAGGGUAUCUACCACCGCGACAUCAAGCCCGAGAACAUCUUCCUUACCCAGGAUGGUUCGAUGAAGCUUGGAGAUUUUGGUCUUGCUACUAGCGACACCUGGUCUUACGAGAUUGCUGUAGGCAGCGACCGCUACAUGGCUCCUGAGCAGUACGACCCUGGCAACACUGGCUACUCUACCGCCAAGGCAGACAUCUGGGCCAUCGGCAUCGUCCUCCUCAACAUCCUCUUCCAGCGCAACCCCUUCGCUGUCCCGUCCUCUUCGGAUCCCCUGUACGCCGAUUUUGCUCUCGACCGUCAGAGUCUCUUCGAUGUCUUCCCCAACAUGUCGCAAGAUACCUUUGAGGUCAUCCGACAGUGCUUGGCCAUUGACCCUGAGAAGCGCGACCUCGGCGCCGUCAAGGAUGCUCUCGACCGCGUUAUCAGCUUUACCACCGAUGAUGAGAGCCUUGAUGACUUCUGCACUGAGGAGCGUGACCUCGUCGCUGUCGGAGCCAACCGUGAACCCCUCCGCACACCCUCCAUCUCGACACCUCAGCUCGAUAAUGGUGGAUCAUUCCCAUGGGCGAAGGCCUUGGCAAUGUCUCCACCUCAGCAAUUCCGUCAACUCUCAGCUAUCCCUGACGACGAAAUCUACGAGGAUGAGAUGUUCGGUGGGCCGCCUUACGACGUUAAGCCCGAUAGUGCGUCUGCCGUAUCUUUUGUGGAUUCCGGCUUGGGCCUAUCUUUCAAGUCCGUUGACGUCAGCGAACCCAAGUCCAUGAACUUUACCCGUUCUCGGCCCGUCCCUAUCUCUGGCUCGCUCCCUGCCAAGGCCUUCAACAGCAUGUCUUCCGUCUUUGGAAAGAAGCGUGACGUGUUCAGCAAGAGCUGGAGUGACCUUUGGGAUGAGGAGGAUGACGAUGCGCAGUUCCUUGCCGAGCUCGAGAACAACUGCCACUCGUUUGGUGCUCAGAAGUCGUCCAAGGCUAAGGCUGUUGUCUCUGAGGCCGGAUCGGGUGUGUCGACCCCUCGCGGCUUGUCGGAGGUCAAGAACCCUGCCACCGUCCAUAACAGCAGGGACCGUUCGCCUAAGAACAUUCGCACGGCCGUCGAUCACGUCAGCGCGACGACUGGAUUCGUCUUCGAGGAGCAUCGCGCCCCGGCGCCGGCCUCCAAGCGUUCCGCUGCCGACAAAUGGGCUGCUCUCGGCGACCGCCGUCGUAGCCCUGCCGUGCAGGCUCAGCAGCAAGUCCAGCAGCAGACUCCUUCGAAACCUAUGAGGUCUCCCAAGUCAGCUCACGCUGCGCCGCCCUCCGCCCGGAAGCGGAGCCGUACUGGUACUGGCCGACGCCAAAUCAACUGGGGCUCCAGCCACAACGAAAACACCAACACCGUUGGCUCCUGGGAGCAAAAGGUGGACAACUGGUACAAGAGCAAAGAUUGGCGCUCUCAUACCGAUCACGCCCAGGUCACCGACGAUCUGGGCGACCUUGAGUGGGUGUGGUAA